AUGUGUUGUGUGUUUGAACUCGCAAGCGAAGGGUGUUGUGAAAGGAAAAAGGGAAAGAGGGGAAACCCAACGACAGCGACGCGCCCAAAUAUUAGCAGCCUUACCCUACCUGAACCAGCACUCAGCACCCGCUUGCAGCACCCACUAGCAGCACCCACUCGCAGCACCGGUGUCGCCCAGCACCCGCUCGCAGCACCCGCUAUCACACCCGCUCGCAGCACCGGUGUCACCCAGCACCCGCUCGCAGCACCCGCGUCACCCCAGAACCCGCUUCCAGCACCUCGCGCCUACCACCUCCCAUCGCCUGAUUCAUGUCUGCGCCUGAUUCCUGUCUGCGCCUGCACCCCUACUUACGCCCGCGCCAGUGCUCGAAACGGUGCUCGAAACGGUGCUAGGUGCGGUGCUAGGCCGGAAACCACUUGUAUAAAGUCUAAGGAUUUCAUUUGUGUCUCCCAGAUCCCGAACUCGAAAUCCUGCCAUACUUUCGGUAUGGUUACACCAGCCCCAAUCCUAAAUGAGUCAGGCAAUAUUGCUGCCCCAAACAAAAUGGACCUUCAAAAAACACAAAAGCCGAUACAUAACUUUGACUUUGCCGGCGACUCCUCAGAUGAUGAAGAUGGGGUUGAAGGCGGUCCCUUGAACCCCGAAGCCGAGGACCUAGUGGAUCGAUGCAGCGAGCUUUUAGAUGAAGUAGAAGCAUUUCAGAAGAGCUUACGGAGGAAUAAGCUCGAGAAGGGGGUGGAGCUACGGCAUUUUCAAACUGCGGUUAAGAGCGAGUUAAGAGGAUUGCAGUCGCUUACCUUUGAGGCGCCAACUUCGUCAAAAAUUAGGCAUUCGCUAAGAAGCUCUAACCUAUCAUAUUUGGAGACUGUGUGGUUAGCUGCAAAGUCAACGACAGGUAUCAAGGGCCUUACUAAGAGCUUUACCAUCACGGAGCCUGGGGAACUGUUAGGAGAUAGUGAAAAGAGGGGAAGGCGAAAAAAGUCAUCGGUUUCAGUGGACGUUGUUGCGCAGAAUGGGUUACAGUGGAUAAAGGUUUCUACAAUAACGAAUUCUCGAGUCCUUCAUGAGAUCGCAAAAGCUGGAUGGGAGGAAUCGACAUCUCCCUACGAUUCUGAAUCCGAAACCGAAGAUACCCCCGGUCACGAUCAGGAGGAAAAUACGCAGCUAGCCACCUCUUCACUAUCUCUCAUAAAGAUGUCGAAGCUUAUGCACAAAGCAGCGGAACAAACACGGAUUCAGUACCUUCAUCCUACAGUUCUUUUCUUCCUCCCGAACAUACACCCUUCCCCUUCUACACCAGAGAUAGAUACCUUCCUCUCCGCCCUCCUUGCAACCGGCGCGCGCAUCCAGUGCGGACCCGACCUAGAUCUGAUAUCUCCAAAGCCAAGUCUUGAAACAAUGCUUCAAAGUCUCGAAUUAACUGAAUCACGCCGCUACGAGAACUUUUCGGAUGUUCUUAAUAUCGACUGUACCAUUCUUUUAGCUCUCAUAUCCGACAUUUCUAACGCGACUGUUGCUGUCGAACCUCGGUUUCAUCCGGCGAUUCUCCGACAACUGGAAUUUGAGAAGGAGUUAGCACUACUACCAAAUCUAUUGUGGCCCGCAUUGCGUGGGAGGAGAAUGGUGUGCACAAAUACGGCAAGGGAGAGAUUUGAAGAGAUUGUGGAGAUUAUUGGGAGUGAAAAUGAGAAUGCAGGGAAAGAUCAGUACUACUAUGACGAAGACCAUAUGGAGCCGGCAAAGCCACAGGAAAGUCCCGCAUCACGGCUAAAAAGGUUUCAGGAGGUAUCGAUACAUACAGUUCCGGAAGAUAUACUAUUUCCCAUUGUAACACUUCCGGAAUGGGAAUCAGAGGAAUUGCUAGAACACAGUGAAGAGAAGGAGUGCAUGACGAGAGUCUCAAAGAAGCUCUCACAGGUUAAUAGAAGUGUGUUUAUGAUGGGGUGGGAGAAGGGUUAUACCACUGUCACAAGUAAUAGGACGGUUGCGAAGUUGAUUGAGGGGCAGGUAGGGGAUGGGGAGAAGGGUCCGGAUUUGUUCGUGCUGGACACGGCGAGGAGUCUAGUAGGGAAAGCAAAGAGGAUUGAGAAGAAGGACCUGGAGUAA